AGGUUCAGACGAAGUGCCGAGCACGAACAUAGCGGCGCUGCAACCUCUCCGCCCCCUACGAAGAGAGAGAAAACCAUGGCGGCGGUCGGCGGCGCGGGCAACGGAGCCGGCGAGGAGGCAGGCGGGGCGGAGUUCUACCUGCGGUACUACGUGGGGCACAAGGGCAAGUUCGGGCACGAGUUCCUCGAGUUCGAGUUCCGCCCCGACGGCAAGCUCCGCUACGCCAACAACUCCAACUACAAGAACGACACCAUGAUCCGCAAGGAGGUCUUCGUCUCCCCUUCCGUGCUCCGCGAGGCGAGGAGGAUCAUCCAGGACUCGGAGAUAAUGAAGGAGGACGACAGCAACUGGCCGGAGCCCGACCGCGUCGGCAGGCAGGAGCUCGAGAUUGUCAUGGGCAACGAGCACAUCUCCUUCACCACCUCCAAGAUCGGCUCCCUCGUUGACGUCCAGACCAGCAAGGACCCGGAGGGCCUCCGCAUCUUCUACUACCUCGUCCAGGACCUUAAAUGUUUCGUGUUUUCACUUAUCAACCUCCACUUUAAGAUCAAGCCUAUUCAACUUUGAGCUCUGUUUGGUUCUCCCGGUUGUGUUGUGGUACUGCGAGUGUUAGAGAAUUCUGUACUUAUGUAACAUGCAAUGAGUUGCUCCUGGUGCGGUUUGGUAUGCGUUGAAGAUUCCUUUUGGCAUCGCCUGAGGUUGUUGGAUUGUGCAAACUUUGAGUGCCCAUUGAUAUUUAUAUGCAUGUUUGUUUUGCAGUCU